UUUCAUGAUAACAAUUGCCGCUCGGUGUUCGCGUUCACAUUUAACUUUUUCAGAAAAUCAUCAAAAAAGUAUUAAAAAAGUAAUUAUCUUCACAUCUUCAGACAUUUUUCAUCAGACUGUUGUCAAUUCGUUCAGAGCUUUGGUCGCACAAAUCGACAUGUCCAGAAAAGAAAUUGUGUUCGUUACCGGCAAUGCGAAAAAACUGGAAGAAGUCGUUCAAAUGUUCAUAAAUUUUUACAAAGGAACCGUUCCGUUUGCUAUUUCCUCCAAGAAUGUUGACCUGCCCGAACAUCAAGGAGAACAAGACGAUAUUUGUAAAAUGAAGGCUCGAGCAGCGUAUGAUAUUAUCAAAGGGCCAUGCAUCGUAGAAGACACUAGUCUGUGCUUUAAUGCUUUAGGCGGUCUUCCAGGUCCGUACGUGAAAUGGUUUUUGCAAAAAACCGGACCAGAGGGACUACAUCGCAUGCUUCAUGGGUUCCAAGACAAAUCGGCGAUGGCAGUGUGUACAGUGGCGUAUGUUAAUGAACUAGGCGAAAUAGAGUUGUUUAAAGGCGAAACAGAAGGUUCUAUAGUAGAACCCAAAACAGAGGAGACGUUUGGUUGGGAUUCAUGUUUUCAGCCAGAGGGGUAUAAUGUAACCUUUGCGGAAAUGCCAAAAUCAGAAAAGAAUCGUAUCUCUCACAGGAAAAAGGCAAUGUUUCAAUUAAUGGAGUUUUUAGACAAAAAUAUAAUUAAAUAACUGAUUAUACAUAGAAAUACAAUUUUUUUUUAAUGACAACUACAUUAAAAUACACUUGUUGUUAUUCACCAUUUUCAUUUAUAAAAUGUGAGUCACGAGUUUCAUAUUUACAUAUAAAAUCUGUCAAAUAUUCGAUUCACAUUGUAUAUAUUUUUACCAAGUAUUUUUUACACC